AUGUGAUCUUAUUAUACUGCAGAAAACCCCAGUUAGCCAUGGAGAACGCACCUCCUAAUCCUAUGCACAUAGCAAUGUAUCCAUGGUUUGCCAUGGGACACUUUAUCCCAUUUCUUCACCUCUCCAACAAGUUAGCAAAGAGAGGUCACAAAAUCUCCUUCAUAGUCCCCAAAAGAACACAAACCAAGAUACAACAUCUCAACCAACACCCACACCUCAUCACCCUUGUCCCCAUCACAGUUCCUCACGUUGAUGGCCUUCCUCAUGAUGCAGAAACCACUUUAGACGUGCUCUUCUCUUUCUUCCCUCUUCUUGCCACCGCUAUGGAUCGCAUAGAGAAGGACAUCGAGCUUCUACUGAGGGAACUGAAGCCGCAAAUUGUUUUCUUUGAUUUCUCUUUCUGGCUUCCAAACCUGGCUCGGAGCCUAGGAAUCAAAAGCGUCCAAUACUUCAUAGUUAAUGCAGUUUCAGUGGCUUACUUCGGUUCCCCGGAAAGAUAUCACAAUGGAAGAGACCUGAGUGAAACUGAUUUCACGAAACCCUCUCCGGGGUUCCCCGAUUCUUCGAUCACGCUUCACGAACACGAAGCUCAAUUCGUCGUUCGCAUGGGGAAGGUGGAGUUCGGCAGUGGUGUUUUGAUGUACGACCGUUUCGACAUCGGUACUAGGUUGUCGGAUGCAAUUGGGUUCAAAGGUUGCAGAGAAAUAGAAGGGCCUUAUGUAGAUUAUCUUGAAACACAACAUGGGAAGCCUGUUUUACUUUCAGGGCCUCUUUUACCUGAGCCACCAAACACUACUUUAGAGGGAAAAUGGGUCAAAUGGCUUGAGGAAUUCAACUCUGGUUCUGUUAUUUUCUGUGCAUAUGGGAGUGAAACCACUUUACAGCAAAAUCAAUUUCUAGAGUUGUUGCUUGGUCUUGAACUAACAGGCUUUCCCUUUCUUGCAGCACUUAAGCCUCCUAAUGGUUUUGAGUCUAUUGAAGAAGCACUUCCAGAAGGGUUCAGAGAAAGGGUUCAAGGAAGAGGGGUUGUGUAUGAAGGUUGGGUGCAGCAACAAUUGAUUUUAGGGCAUCCUUCUGUUGGGUGUUUCAUAACACUCUGCGGGGCUGGUUCUAUAACUGAGGCACUUGUGAGUGAGUGUCAGUUGGUGUUUUUACCUCGCCUAGGUUCUGAUUAUGUCAUCACUGCACGAAUGAUGAGUAGGGAGCUGAAGGUUGGGGUGGAAGUGGAGAAAAGUGAAGAAGAUGAUGGGUCGUUCACAAAAGAAAGUGUAUGUAAAGCUGUGAAAAUUGUGAUGGAUGAUGAGAAUGAGCUUGGGAGACAGGUGAGAGAAAAUCACAGAAAAGUGAGAAACAUAUUGCUAAGCAACAAUUUAGAGUCCUUCCAUGUUGAUAUUUUGUGUGACAAGCUUCGUGCUUUACUCUAAAUUAAUUCUGAGUUUCACUGGCUGUGAAUUAAUCUAAUGUGAAUUUACAGAUUGUUGGGUUGGAGAGGAGGUGAAAAUAAUUAGGCUUAUUUGGUAUGAUAAAA